AGUUUUAACUUAGCCAUUCCUAAUUUAUCUCAAGCAUAUUCAAUUCAUCUUCACUGCUCUAUGCACACAGGAACACCAGAUUGUCAUCCCUAGGGAACAGAAUGCAACCGGAGAUCUAGAGAGCUGUCACAUUCCAAGAAAUAUUUAAAUUGUGCUGAUUUUCUUCUGGAGAACUGAGCCCAGGGAAUGAAACUCUCCAUCAAGUCAUAGCUUUGCGGGCAAUAGAUCAGAGGAUAUUGCCAGUUUUCUAAUGGAUUAUUGUUAUCGGGCAGGUUUUCUCUGAAGCUGUAUUCUAUUCAGAAUCAAACCUGUUAGACCUGCCUUCUGCUGACUUCUCAGCUUCUGUUAUAUCCUUCUUGGAUGGAUUCAUCCAGAAAGCACAACCCUGAUUUUGCAUGAGCAGGACCAUCGACAGAACCUAAAACACUUCUCCCUGCUGAGCCUCUGGCAAUUCCUCAGUCAGAGUUCAGGUUCUCCACCCUGAUGCUGGUUCCUGUGGUUGGGUCAGCUUUUGGAUUUCUGCCCUGUAUAUCAACAAUUUCUACACAGGACAGAUUGUGACAACUUCUUUCUUAAGGAGAGAAUGCUUAAAUUUCACCAAGUGAAACAUAUUUUUGAUAUACUAGAUAAAAUGCGAUGCCUGCGAAAACGUUCUACAGUCUCAUUCUUGGGAGUUCUUGUCAUUUUCCUUCUGUUUAUGAACUUGUACAUUGAAGAUAGCUAUGUUAUGGAAGGAGACAAACAGAUUUUAAGGGAAACAUCUACACAUCAACUGAGUCCAGAACACUACAUCCAUACUUUCAAAGAUUUGUCUAAUUUCUCAGGAGCCCUCAAUGUCACCUAUCGCUACUUAGCUGUCAUGCCUUUACAAAGAAAGCGAUUUCUUACAAUUGGACUUUCAUCAGUGAGACGAAAAAAGGGAAGCUAUUUACUUGAGACAAUCAAGUCAAUUUUUGAGCAAUCCAGCUAUGAAGAAUUGAAGGAAAUUUCAGUGGUGGUUCAUCUAGCUGACUUUAACUCAUCCUGGCGUGAGGUCAUGCUGCAAGAUAUUACACAGAAAUUUGCCCACCAUAUUAUUUCUGGAAGGUUAAUGGUUAUACAUGCUCCAGAGGAAUAUUACCCAAUCCUGAGUGGCCUUAAAAGAAAUUACAAUGAUCCAGAAGAUAGAGUCAGAUUCCGUUCCAAGCAAAAUGUAGAUUAUGCUUUUUUGCUCAACUUUUGUGCCAAUAUUUCAUACUAUUAUGUAAUGCUUGAAGAUGAUGUUCGUUGUUCAAAAAAUUUCUUAACUGCCAUCAAGAAAGUCAUUGCAUCCUUAGAGGGAACUUACUGGGUAACCCUUGAGUUCUCUAAGCUUGGCUAUAUUGGAAAACUUUAUCAUUCUCAUGAUCUCCCACGCUUGGCACAUUUUUUAUUAAUGUUUUAUCAAGAAAUGCCUUGUGAUUGGCUAUUGACUCAUUUCCGGAGUCUGUUAGCUCAGAAAAAUGUGAUUCGUUUUAAACCAUCUCUCUUUCAGCACAUGGGUUAUUAUUCAUCAUAUAAAGGAACUGAGAAUAAGUUGAAGGAUGAUGAUUUUGAAGAGGAGCCAUUUGACCUCCCAGAUAACCCUCCUGCAAGUCUAUAUACCAACAUGACUGUUUUUGAAAAUUAUGAUGCAAGCAAAGCUUACAGUAGUGUUGAUGACUACUUCUGGGGGAAACCACCUUCAACAGGAGAUGUCUUUGUGAUUAUAUUUGAAAAACCAAUUGUAAUCAAAAGAAUUAAAGUGAAUACUGGAACAGAAGAUCGACAAAAUGAUAUUUUGCAUCAUGGAGCCCUAGAUGUUGGGGAGAAUAUUAGAUAUUUUAAACAAAAUAGACAAUGUAUUACUUAUAUUAGACUAGGAGAAUUCAGAAGUGGAAACUUUGAAGUAUCUGAUGUAAAUCAAAAAAUUCCAUUUGAUAUACAUUGUAUGAGGAUAUAUGUUACCAAAACACAAAAGGAAUGGCUGAUUAUUAGGAGUAUUAGCAUUUGGACUUCUUAGCCAAUUAAAUCAAUGUGUCCAGUUACUGAA